AUGAAGUUAAGUCAAAAUUCUUGCAAGCGGCAGAUGCCUGCUAAUAGCGAAGGUUUACCAUCACUCAAAAGGGAUUUACAAAAUGCCAAGUUGUUUCUGCAACAGAGAACGGCAAGUGGAGAAUCAUUAUAUGACCAUCUUUCGAAUGUCAUUGCGAAGGUGGUCGAUGAACGUCCUAAGGAUGUAUUAGAGUACUUUGAAUUGUUUAGUCAACGUGUGCGUGAAGAAACAUUUCGUACAAAUGAAGGCAACAUGUUGGAAAAUAAUUACAAGAAACCUGAACAUCUCGUUACUGCGCUAAAACUUUUACCUACAAUCAUUGAAAAAUCAGAACAACCGAUUAAAGCCACCGUUGGUAAUGAUGAUGAAACCCUCAAAAAAUCGACAAAAGGCGAUGAGGGCGAUGUGAUUUAUUGUAAAAAGCUGUCGGAAGAUUUAUGCGAGUUACAGUUUUAUUGGAAUUUAUUGGGCAUUGGCUUCCCACGCGAAGAAGUUCUUAAGCUUUCGUGCUCGGUAGAAAAACUCAAGGCACAUGCCGCAAUUGCAAGCUGCCGUUUCUGGGGAAAAAUGCUAGGAUUGAAAAAGGAUUACUAUGUCGUUGAAACUACAUUAACAAAAAGUGCUUUUAGCGAUUGGAUUGUGAGUUGCAUUCCACAACACAUGGAGGAAAAGGAAUGUUUACCAACUGAGAGUUUAGCUUCAGAAUCCAACCCCAUUCCACUUACAACAAGUGCAAGCAUGAUGAUGAAAAAAGCUGAUGACAAAGACAGUGUCAGUGAUUUGCGAGAUAAAAUGAAAAGAAUGCCAACUGAGUGGAAAUUUUCAUUGAAGAAUUUUCCCGUGUCUCAAUAUCGACCCCAUACAGCGAAUUAUGUCACAGAAAAAGAAAUCGAGUAUGGCGUCGAUCGACAUGUGUACUUUGUUUGUACUGAUUUAGGUGAUGACUGGAUACCAUUACCACAGGAAACAUCACACCAUAUCAACAUCUCCAGACAAAUAAAAAAAUAUCUCACCGGGUAUUUGGACUCAUAUCUGAUAUUGGAUUCAGAAUCUUACAUAUUAGAACGGAACUAUUUAAGAGCUUUGAUUGCGCGGAUCUCUGCUGGAACUCACAUUUCACCAAGAAACUUUUAUAAAUUUCAGUCAGACGACAAUGAGAACUUCUUUGAUGAUCUAGAUGAUGAUGAUGAUGAUGAUGAUAAUGAUGCAUCUUCAAACAAUGAAAAGCCGAUUAAGGUGAACAGUGCAUACCGUCCUUGGUCUAUAAAGAAACUUUUACAAUUGGAUUAUUGGCAGCAUCAUAAAGUACAGAUUACUGAAUACAGCAACAGCGGCUUCUUUUUGAAAAAAGGAAAGGUAACGGAUGAGAAUGAUAGAAAGUUGGAUGAAGAGAAUAACGUCUCCAGGGAUACCGACGAUAAAGGCGACGACAAUGACGACGACGAUGGAAGGGAAAUAGCAAACAAUGGAAUAAAACCGGAAACACCAAUUCCUUUGUUCGCAUCUUGUUCUGGUGACCAGUUGACAAAUGAUGCCAUGUCUCCAUGGACAAUUAGAUUGAGUGAUGUUGUUGAGACGCUCGUUUCGGUUCAAUCUCAUGUUUGGCCCGGAGCUUUUGCAUUUGUCAAAGAUAGGAUUUGUGACAACAUUUACAUUGGUUACGGUCUAAAAAGCUCAUCAACUAACGCAACACCACCGGCUAUACCUAAUGAGACCUUAGACAACAGAGAGGAUUCAUAA